CACAGGGACACGCGUAACGCGACAAUGGCGACCUGAAACAUUGGCGUGCGCUUCUUUGCUCCAUAUACUUCUGACAUCUCGCCAGUGUUUACUGUACCGUUUCUGCAUAUUCGUGAAUGUGAAAUACAUUCGUGCUAGCAUAAAAUAUGUGACUGGUGAAGAAGAAACACUAGAAACAAGAAAUCGCGCGAAUCCAAUCCGUUAAAGCUAGCUAGGUGUACGAUAUAAUUCAAUGGUGUUAGUCCUUGCCGAAAAAACAGGAAAGCCAUGUAUACAUCGAUAUCUUGCCAGCUAUAAUGCGCUAGUAAAUAGUUAUCACCAAAAUCUACUGUGGUGCUGAUACGGCAUGUUAAAAUAAGGCAAGUUAACGAAGGAGAUGAGCCACAAUAUUGCAGGCAUGCCACCCUUCGCAAGGAUGCCUUUGGGGGGUAUGGGUAUGGGUGUGAAUAUGGGUCCUAGUGCCCCACAUCCUGAAUCUUCUGCUCACCCUCAUCCUCCACCACCACCACCGACUGGUGCCAAUCCAAAAAAGAAAAGACGUACAAAUGCAAAUGUUGCUCAACCACCUCCGCAACAACCUCCAAUAGUGCAGGAUUUACUACCUCCACCUUUAACUGGCUAUGGGGACACAAUAGUAGCAAGUAACCCUUUUGACGAUACACCGCCACAAACUACACAAACGCCAAUGAUGCAUGGUGGACCACCCCAUAUGCAUCCUCAUCAUCCACAUCAUAUGAGUGGGCCACCUAUGAGAGGCAUGAGCCCUUUAACUUCUAUAGGUGGAAUGAGUCCUAUGAUGCCUCACAACAUGGGAAGUAUGAGUCCAAUGGGAAAUUCGCCUAUGACAAAUCACAUGAACCAUAUGGGAGCAAUGUCUCCUAUGAAUCAUGCACCAAUCGGUGGUAUGAGUCCGAUGAAUAAUAUGGGACCUAGUAUGCCACCUGGUCCAAUGAAUACUAUGAACAAUCAUAUGAAUAUGAGCCACAUGGGUAAUUCUCAACUUAGUGGUCCACCUAUGGGUAGUCCAAUGAAUAACAUGAACAGCGGCCCAAUGGGUAGUCCAAUGAAUAACAUGGGACAUAGCAUGGGAAGUCCUAUGGGUGGUCCAUUAGGAUCUCCUAUGAAUACAAUGGGUGGAUCAAAUCACAUGCCUAAUGGACCAAUGAAUAUGAACAAUAUUAAUAGCCAUAUACCACCCAAUAGCCCACUAAACGGGCCGUCUAUGAACAGUGUAAACAGCCCGUUGGGACAUAACGGAUCUCAACCACAUCCGAAUCAUAUGGGAAAUAAUCUUAAUAACUUAGGAAGACCCAUGAAUGGACCGAUGACUACCAUGAGUUCUAUGGUAUCCAAUAAUAUGAAUAUGAGUGGUCCAAAUCAAAUAAAUAAUAUGAACAUGGCUGGACCACCAAUGAAUAACAUGUCCAAUAUGAGUAUUAGCCAUCAUAAUCAAAUGAGUCAUAUGGCUGGUCCAAUGGGUACAAUGUCUAGUAAUAUAGGCGGUGGUCCACCAAUGGGCCAUCCCAUCAACAUGGGAGGUUCCAUGCCACCUCAUGGUUUUCAAGGUCCUCCGGGAAUGGGACCAAAACCAAUGCCCGUUUCUGCGGGAAAGAUAUAUCCUCCUGAUCAGCCAAUGGUGUUUAAUCCACAAAAUCCUAAUGCUCCACCUAUUUAUCCUUGUGGAGUAUGUCACAAAGAAGUGCAUGACAAUGAUCAAGCGAUUCUUUGUGAAUCGGGCUGUAAUUUUUGGUUUCAUAGGGGAUGCACAGGAUUAUCGGAAACUGCCUAUCAAUUAUUAACGGCAGAAGUUUAUGCCGAAUGGGUGUGUGAUAAGUGCUUGCAAUCGAAAAAUAUACCUUUGGUUAAAUUUAAACCAUAACACUUCUUGACUCGUCGUAUAUGCGACACACGAGUGACUCUUUGUUAGCGUCUACACCUUGUACACGCACACAUGCGCGUGUAAUUGCACACACAUAAACAUAUACGGCAUACACUAAUGCACGAGCGAAAUCGUGCAUACAAUAUAAACAUGCGCUGUUUGUUAAUAUCUUAGCUUUAACUUGUUGAAAUAUUAGGAUAUCAUUAUGAGUCGUAUUGGUGAAUGAGAUAACAGGAACAACAUAUGUUCAAAAGUUACAUUUGCUGAGUCUGUUUAUAGACAAGUGGAUUCAUCAGUUUAGGAAGUUAUUUAUCUUUUAAUUUCUCAUAUUAUUGAUUCGUUUUUGAUCGUCAGAUAUAUAUGAAUCCGAGUUCAGAAGACACAAAUUUUAAAAAUAAUGUAAGUAUUAAAAAUUGUACAAUCGUCCCUGAACCUAAUUUGAUUUGUUAUUUCUAAUUGCAUUUAAUACAAAAUUAGGAAAAAAAAAUUAUACAAGGUGCGUCACGCAAUUAGGCGAAGCUAUUUCUUUGAAAACAUAAUUAGAGAUGGAAAAAUUUAUCAAAAAAAACAAAAUUGAAUAUUGUUAUGUAUUCUAGAUUGCUGCAAAAUUUUAAUGUAUUUUAUGCAUCAAUAUACAUAACACUAUUUAACUUUAUCCUAUCAAACAUUUUUCUAUCUCUAAUCACAAAGUGUACAUAGUAAUCCCGACUUGCGUGAUACAUCCUAUGUACACAAAAUGGAAAAAUAUGUACGUAUAUGUGAUAAACAGUAAAGAUCGCCAAUCUGCAUAUGGAUAAAAUUAUGUUCUGUUUACUUUAUUUAGGUUUGGGUGAACGUUCCUGAUAAAGUGUAAUUGAUAUUCAAAAAUAAUCAACAACGUGUGUUACUUCAUCAAUAAUUGUGUCAUUGCCAUUUAUCAUCGGGUGAUUAAAGAAAUCCAAAGUGGUACUUUUAAAAUUAGAUACUGCACAUCUAACAGAGUAAUAUGAGUUUGAAACAAUGUAAAUUGUUCUCAUAACGCGAUUGUAAAUGUUCAUAUCUACCUUUGAGUAUCAGAACAUCGGUAAAUUUCUAUAAAACCGUUCAUACAAUUACAAUAUUACCGAAGUAUUUUGGGUUUGCAAAAAACGCGUUUGAGUAAAACAACGGUGCACCAAUAAAAAUAAAGUAUUGCUAGUACCUUUAGGAACUCAAUAGGUAUUCUUAAACGUUGUUUUUCACUCCCAAAUGUUACAAAUGAAAGUACUGCGAUUCUUGUAUUUUUAUAUUUCAAAUAUUUUAGUAUAAACCAUGGUAUAAACCAUCUGUUAUAUAUUUUCAAAGUAUGUUAGUGCUAUAGUUUAGAAUCUAUUCAAGAUGUAAAUAGAACCGAUACUAACGAGAGGUUUUAACACAGUAUGCAUAAAAAAUAAUUCUAUCUGUUUACAAAGAUUCAAUGGAAUUUACGUGAUAACUCAAAGGAAUUUACGUGAUAAGGAUAGUGGCUUUAAAGAUCGAAUUUCUUUUCUUCGUCAAAGAUCACAUAUUGUUUCUUAUUGCCAUGGUUUAUGCUGGAGUUUAAUUCGGUACAUAUUAAUGAAUUUGUUGUUGUCACAUACAACGUUCAACUAAUAAUUUACAGAAUCUUUCAGAUAAACAAAUCACUCAAGCAGGAAAGUUAUAAGAAACUUUGAUAUUAACGAAGUUUAGAAUACGAUUAUCGUGUAAAAGAAAAAGAACGUGCAGAAUGAAAACGAUGAAUCCUAUUAGACUACAAUGAUAAGCAUGAUGUCAAAAAUGUGUGGUGCAUUUAUGUUUUUUCGCAGUUGUUUCCGUCUUAAUGCAAUAACUGUAACUUAAUGAUAAAUUCGUACAAAUAUGAAUUAAAACUCAAGAUACUUCGUAUAUAUACCGAAUGAAGUCUCGUAUUUAGUUGCAGUAAUAAAAUUUGUGCACACAUACGUACACGCAUACAUAUAUUACAUUCACACUCUUCUUCGUCAAGUUAAAGUUUAUUGUUACAUCUGCCACAUACAUUUGGUGUCAGUACAUACUAAUAUAUAUUGAAAAAGAACUGACUAUUAUCGACAAGAGUAAUUAAUGCAGUGAAGAGAAAAAGAACAACUGAAUUCCGUCGGCAACUAACGAAAAACAAUUAACGAGUCCACGGAUUUUACAGUUUUAUUUAUAUGUAUAUAUAUACGUAUAUAUACAUAUACAUAUAUGUAGCCAGUUAUCAUUUUACUAUUUGACGCCUGCAUUAUACGGAGAGAACUAACCUCGCAAACUUGUAGAAUGUCUCAGAUCAACUAGUUUCUGUAUAUAACAGAAAAUUUAACUAGUUACACUUCUAAACUUUUACCCAAUUCUCAAGUUUCGCUCCGUGUAAUCCACGCCUUAAGCUUGUUUUAUUGUAAUCCUUUUUAACAAGAAAAUAUUAUACAUGAAUAACGUACACAGGAUCCUAUAAUUACAUAAUGCUCAUAAUUAGUAUUACAACGAAUAGAAUACCAUCUUCACAUAUCUUCAUGCUAUAUUUUGUCAUGUCAUUGAGGAGGAGGGAGGAGUCAUAUUGGAGAUCGCGCGCGUUAACAUUGCUUCUUUUCUCUAUUACGGAAAA